UCGAAGUUUUGCUGUCGCCCACGGUGGCACCCACUUCAGAGCGAAUCUCUACGUACUCCCCAAUCUCUCGCACCGUCUUGCCAUGCUGUCCGUCGCUCGGUCUGCAUCGAAGCCACACCUGCUUCCCGCACAUUCAUCUCAUUCUACUCGAGUGUCGUCGGCCUGACACGCACAAACUGGCGCACCGGCGGUCAUCCAGCGCCGCAGCCUGUAACCGCAGAGGUCGGCAAUGCUUCAGACAUCGACGAGGGUGACGAUGGCAGCAGCGCACCGAAAGCCCCUUCAAGCGCAAACCAUCCAAAACUCCCACCCCGGAGUCUACCAAGCCCACCGGACCGCCAUGAAGAAAGCCUUCCCGCAGGGUUGGUCUCCGCCUCGCAAACUCUCGCGAGAAGCCAUGGACGCCCUCCGUGGCUGCAUGCCACCGACCCGGAGACGUUCACGACCCGCUGCUCGCGUCAAACUUCCGCAUCAGCCCCGAGGCCGUGCGCAGGAUCCUCAAGAGCAAGUGGGAGCCUACAAACGAACAGCGCGCGCGUCUGGCGGAGAAGGAGCGCUGCAUCGGAAGAAUGGCUUAAGCAGAAACGGCUCGAUGAACUACAGACGCAGCGCGUGCAAGAGGAGUUAGGACGAGGAUCGGGGGGAAGGGGCGAAGAAGGAUAGACUGAUGUUCGGAGACCAUUGAACCACCAGCAGUUCUUGACGGACCACGGA